UUAAGUUAGAGGAUAACCGUUUGGGAUAUAUUUAAUCCUUCCAUAAUAUUUUUAGACAUUAAUAAAAUAAAAAAUAAUGAAAUUGCCAGAUAGAAUUACUCAAACUUAUCAAAAUUAUAAUAUGUUAGCAAGAGUGAGACUAAGUGAUAAUCCACAGAAGAUGAUUGAGUUUACAAAAGAGAGUAUUUAAAUAAGAGUACAGAAUUAUUUAAUUUAAGGAUCCAACUAAUAAAAAUACAGAUUGCAAGAAAGUUAAAUUUUCUUCAGUUUGUACAAAUUAGGAAAAUACGUUUUCAGUAAUUCAACCUAUGAUACAGAAACUAAUAGAAGGCCAUAAUGCUUGUGUAUUGAGUUAUGGAUAGACAGGAAGUGGAAAAAGCUACACAUUAUUCGGUUAGGAAGGAGAAGAAAAUAUAACUGAAUAGAAGGGUAUAAUAAUAAGGGCUAUGGAGUAUCUUCUUUCUCAAAAGUAAGAAAAAGAAAAAACUGUAGAAUUUGUAAUAUCAAUAAGUAUGGCUGAAAUAUUUUUGGAAUAAAUUAGAGAUUUGGGUAAAGCUUAUUAAUUUCGUUAAUCAGGAGAUAUGAAUCAAAUAAUAUAAAAUUAUAUGAAUGAAAAUCUUUAGAUCCAGGAGAAUGCAAAUGGACAAAUAAUUAUCGAUGGAUUAACUUAAAUAAAUAUAAGAUCUGCUUAAGAAUUGAAUGAUGUAAUUUAGAUGGGUCUAAAAUUAAGAAAAAAACUUGAAUAAUAAAGAAAACCAUUUGGCUAUAAAUGUCAUACAAUAAUUAGUGUAUGUCUAGUUUAAAAAGAUAAGGAGUAUGAUAAUAUGCCAUUUAUGAAUUCACUCAUCUAAUUUAUAGAUUUGGCCGGUUCAGAAAGAAUAGCAAAAAGUUUUAAUAAUGAAGGAUAGUUUGAAGAAGCUGUUUUGAUUAACUAAAGUUUAGCUACUUUAUCUAAAUGUUUGUCAGCAGUUUUUUAGAUGAAUUCUAAAAAAAUUGCCACUAAAGAUUCAAAAUUGACUAGAAUCUUAUAAAAUUGUCUUAAUAGUUAAGUGACUUUAAUAAUUCAUUUAAAUCCAAAUGAAAAUAAUUUUGAAGAAUGCUUAUCAACUUUAUAAUAUGCAGAAAAAAUAAUAGGAUUGACAACAGCUUAAAUAACAGAUGAUAAUUCAAAUUAAUUGGGUUCUUUUCCUGGGUAAGAUAAAUUAAUUAAUAAACUCUAAAAUGAAAUUUAGGAAUUAAAAUAAAAGAUAGAGUUAAUGACAAGAGAACAUAAAUAAUAAAUAUUAGAUAUCAAAAAAUUAUUAGGAAUAGAUUUAGAUCAACUAACAAUUGAAGAAUUGAAGAAAUUAAAAUAAUAAAAGGAGGCUCUACAAAAAUUGGAAGUAGUUACAAUUUAAUUAAAUGAAGCUGAGAUAAUGAUAGAUAAAUUAUAAAAAGAAAAAGAGUUAUUGAAAAAAGAGGAGAGUGUAAAAUUAGAAAGAUAUUAAUGCAGAAUAAUUGAAUUAAAUGAAGAUAAUAGAAAGUUAAAAGGGUUUUAAGCAGAAAAGAAAAAAUAACUAGAAUAAAUUGAAUAGGAAAAAAAUGAUAAAGUUUUAGAGACUGUGUAAAAAUAAUUAAAGCAACAUCAAGAAGAGAUAGAAAAAAAAGUGAGUGUUAUUAUUAAUUUACCAUAAGUAAUAUCAGCAAAAACUUUAGAAGUUUAAAAACAUGAAGACAUCAAAAGAUUGGCAAAACUUGAAUUAGAAAAAGAGUAAAAAAAACUUUAUUGUAAAUUAGGUAUAAAUAACAUAUGGAAAAUUUGAAGUUUGAGUAUGCAAAAUUGUUGUAAGAUAGUACAGAUUAAUAUGAAAAAUACUUAUAAAAGAAAAAUGAAGAAAUAGAGCACUUUAUUAAUCAAUUUAAAAAAUAUUAAGAAAAAAAGAAGUAAUUCACUUAAAUUAAUUUUAUAGAAUGUAAAUAAGAGAUAUAAAGUCUGAAACAUUUGAUUUAUUUGAUAUAGUAAUGAAAACAUUUAGAGUGAUUGAAAAAAUAGAGAAUGGGGCUUAUAGUUCUGGAAUAAGAUCAUUCAAUAUUCCUGCUACGGAUAAACCUUAAAUACCUACUAGAAACAGAUUUAAAAAGUAAAUUCUUAUUUAUGAUAAUAUUUUGUUAGCCUUUUCAAAUAUCUUGAUGAAAGAAGUUUAAAUAAUACUAAAUAAGAUGGAACUAAAGCUAAGGUUACAUUAUAACCUAUGUAAAUGUCAUAGUUUUUAGAAUCUAACUAUAUUAAACUGAAUCUUACAGAAAUGCAUGAACCAACUUUAAGAUAGUUUGCUAAUAUGAUAAGAGAUGAAUUUGUCUAAGUGUUAGCAAGAGAAAAAGAACUAUAAAAACGAGUAGUUGAAUUAGAGAUUCUAUAAUCAAAUAAUGAUCUAAAUACUUUAAUCAAAGAAAGAGAUGAAUAUAAAUAACUGUAUUUAUAAGAAGUCAAAAAGGUCAAUUAAUCUAAAAGAAUCAUAUCUGGAAAAUCUGAGACUCAUCCUAAUAUUUUAAUAAGACCUUUAACCCAACAAAAUUCAAGAUAUAGGUUGUGAUUUAUGGCAAUUUGAU